GUUAAAAGGAGCAGACUUUAAAGAACGUGACAGAGAUGGUCGAUCUAUAGUGAUGAAGGUUUGUGGACACAUAAAUGCAUAAAUAGCAUGUUUGUUGAUAGAGAACGGUGCAGAUUUUCAUAAAUGUGACAGGUUAGGUGUUUCACCUUUAAUGUUUGCUUGUGAACAUGGUCACACAGAAAUAGUUAAGAAAUUGUUAAUCGAUGAGGCAGACUUCAAUAAAUGUGACAUAUUGGGUCAAACAUGUGUCAUAAAGGCAUGUAUGCAAGGUCAUGAGGAAAUAAUUAGAAUGUUGUUAGAAAAAGGAGCUAGUUAUGAAGAAACUGAUAGAACGGGUAAAUCACCUAUAAUGAAGGCAUGUGAACAUGGUCACACAGAAAUAGUGCAGAAACUGCUAGGAAAAGGAGCAGAUUUUCAUAAAUGUGACAGAUUUGGUGUUUCACCUUUAAUGAUUGCUUGUGAACAUGGUCACAAAGAAAUAGUAAAAAAACUAUUAGACAAAGGAGCAGACUUCAAUAAAUGCGACAGAUCGGGUCAAACAUGUAUAAUGAAGGCGUGUAUACAAGGUCACGAAGACAUUGUAAGCAUGCUGUUAGAAAAAAGAGCAGAUUUCGAAGUAAUUGAUAGAACGUGUCAGUCACCUAUAAUGAAGGCAUGUGAACAUGGUCACACAGAAAUAGUAAAGAAAUUGUUAGACAAAGGCGCAGACUUUAAUAAAUCUGACAAAUCAGAACAGUACCCGCUAAUGAUGGCUUGCGAAAAUGGUCACCCCGAAAUAGUAUGGAUGCUGUUAGACAGAGAGGCAAACUGUAAUAAAUCUGAUGAUCAUUACAGCACACCUUUAAUAAAAGCAUGUAGAAUGGAACGUACAGAAAUAGUAAAAUUGUUAAUAGACAAAGAAGCAGACAUUAAUAAAAGUGAUUUUGAUGACUUAUCACCAUUAAUGAUUGCUUGUGAACUUGGUUUUACAGAAAUAGUAAACAUUUUAUUAGACAAAGGGGCAGAAUAUAUAAAGAACAACAUUUUUGAAGAGUCACCUGUUAUGAUAGCUUGUUGCAAUGGUAACACAAAUAUCAUGAAGAUGUUAUUAGAUCGAGGAGCAGACUGUAAUCAUUGUGACAGUGAACAUGCCUCACUGUUAGUAAAUGCUUGUGAAAAAGGGCAUACCAUCAUUUCAAAGUUGUUGUUAGAAAGAGGUGCAGACUAUGAUAAAGUGGAUAACAAUUAUCAGUCGCCGCUUAUGAAGGCCUGUGAAUAUGGUCAUACAGAAAUAGUAAAUAUAUUGUUAGACAAAGGAGCUGAUUUUAAUAAUGUGGACUUUAACGACCAGUCACCUUUAAUGACGGCUUGUGAACAUGGACAUACAGAAAUAGUGAAUUUGUUAUUGACAAAAGAAGCAGAUUUUAUUAAAUUGAAUUUGCAAGAUCAGUCAGCCCUCAUGAAAGCUUGUGUGCAUGGACAUACAGAAAUAGCAAAUAUUUUGUUAGAUCGAGGCAUAGACUGUAAUAAAACGGACUGGAAUGAUCAAUCACCAUUAAUACUGGCCUGUAAACACGGCCAUAUACAAUUAGUUAAAGUAUUAAUAGAAAGAGGAGCAGACUGUGAUAAAUGUGACUACGAGGAUCAGUCGCCUGUAUUUAUGGCGUGUGAAAGUGGUCAUACUGAAAUAGUUAAGGUGUUAUUAGAGCAGGGAUCAGACUUCAACAGAAGGGAUUGUACUGGCCAGUCACCUAUUAGGAAGGCUUGUGAACAUGGUCAUACAAAAAUAGUUGAAAUGCUGUUAGAUAAUGGUGCAGACAUAGAUACAUGUGAUGUGGUUGGUCACACACCGUUAAUGAUGGCUUGUAUACAUAGUCACAAAACAAUAGUUAAAAUGUUGCUAGAUAGAGGAGCAGACUAUAAUAUAUGUGAUAAUGAUGGCAAGUCACCAGUUCAAAUUGCCUAUCUGAAUUCUCAGUAUGAGAUAGUUACCAUGAUUAAUAAACAUACUUUAAUGGAGAAACAAGGCCAAAAGUCAACAUGACAUAAAUGAUGCACUUUCAAAAAGGACCUAGACAACAAGAACAAAUGUAUU